CACACACACACACACACACACACACACACGUGCGCGCGUAGGGCCAAGGAACAUGUUAGCUCCCAGGAUCUCGGAGAAACAAUCUCGUGAGGCGUUUGGUUUGUGUCUGAGGACAAUGCUGAUAAUCUUGCUUCUUGUAUUGUGGUCAUUUGCCGUCCCAGCUUCUUCCUCGAACUUUGAAAAGCAACUUGAGGCCGCAGUGCAGCAUCUAGACUUUCCUGGAUUCUCUGAUGUCCUGCUGCAGGAGGAGGACGAACUGGUGAUGAUGAAGGUGCAGCAGGUUUUGACAAGGGCGGGGAUGUUAGGAUAUGACGGCGCCAAAGAUGUGGUAGAGCCAGAUUUCGAAGACGCCUCCGAGCUCACAUAUAUACGUGAGGAUGAGCUGCAGGACAGCGACUUGGAGGAAAAAGAAAUUUCACCCCGUCACCUCCACCACCCUCACAGGCGAAGCUCAUGUCCUGGCGGUGUGGGCAGCUACGGCUUUAACACCUUCAACUUCCUGACCUUCGCCUUGCAAGUGUUCAACGGAAUCCUCAACGUUGUCAACAACAUCAAUAACAACAAUAACAACAAUAACCUCAACACCCUCAACAGCAUCGCCGUCAACACAGACCAGGUGGCCACCAACUCAAAUAGUGCAAACAACGUGCUCGUCAUGAUUGAGCCACCACGCCGGAGACGUCGCGAACUUCCCUCAUGUGACACAUUUGAUAGGAGCGCCGCGACCCUCCAUGCAGCCUCGGCUCUGAUAUCCCUACUUCAAGAAUUUACCAGCACGCAACCUGACCAAGAAGCGGUGCGGGCGUGUAUCAGUGCCCGGCGGAUGGCUGCCACGGCGGGCCUCGGGGGGUUGUUGUGGAGGCAUCACCGCGUCUCUCAUCGCAUGGAUACUUUUCCUUGCGAGUUCCUUUUCCGCUAGCGACGUCAAGCACCCGUCAUGACAUUCUCGCUCUCACGUACCGAUGCGGGAAUGGCACAAGUCACGCCUGCUGAAAACUGAGAUUUAAGCGAUGAUGACAGUGUGGCAAAGAUGGGGUGACAGUUAUGUGUACUGCUGUAGUACUA